CUGGUUCCAGCCCCUUUCUCAGAUCUGCCAGUUUAGGGAUGGGUGUAACCAACAUGCUGUGAAGUGCAAGAGGCACAAGCCACUUUACUGCAGAUCAGCGUGCACACAAGAAGUGACGCUUUUAUUUGCUGUGAGGGAAGUGAAACUCUUCAGACGCUCCCUGUUGUUAAGAGGUGAAAUGGCGCAGCAAGAAAACGAGGUGAGAUUCUGCUGUUCGAUCUGUCUGGAUCUACUGAAGGAUCCGGUGACUAUUCCCUGUGGACACAACUACUGCAUGAACUGUAUUAAGACCUCCUGGGAUGAAGAAGAUCAGAAAAACAUCCACAGCUGUCCUCAGUGGGAUGAAGAAGAUCAGAAAAACAUCCACAGCUGUCCUCAGUGUAGACGGACCUUCACACUGAGGCCUGUCCUGCAGAGAAACACCAUGUUAGCAGAGUUAGUGGACGAACUGAAGAAGACUGGACUCCAAGCUGCUCCUGCUGAUCACUGCUAUGCUGGACCUGAAGAUGUGGCCUGUGAUUUCUGCACUGGGAGGAAGUUGAAAGCCUUCAAGUCCUGUCUGGUUUGUCUGGCUUCGUACUGUGAGCAACAUCUCCAGCCUCACUAUGAAUCUCCGACUUUUAAAAAACACAAACUUGUUGAAGCCUCUGCUAAGCUUCAGGACACCAUCUGCUCUCGUCAUGACAAGGUGAUGGAGAUUUUCUGCCGCACUGAUCAGCAGUGUAUCUGUUAUCUCUGCUCUGUGGAUGAACAUAAAGGCCACGACACAGUCUCAGCUGCAGCAGAAAGGACUGAGAGGCAGAAGAAGCUCAGCAAAAGUCGGCAAACUCUCCAGCAGAGAAUCCAGGACAGAAAGAAAGAUGUGAAGGAGCUCCAACAGGAGGUGGAGGCUAUCAAUCGCUCUGCUGAUAAAGCAGUGGGGGACAGUACGAAGAUCUUCACUGAGCUGAUCCGUCUCAUGGAGAAAAGAAGGUCUGAUGUGAAGCAGCAGGUCAGAUCCCAGCAGAAAACUCAAGUGAGUCGAGUCAAAGAUCUUCAGGAGAAGCUGGAGCAGGAGAUCACUGAGCUGAAGAGGAAAGACGCUGAGCUGGUGGAGGUCUCACAAACAGAAGAUAACAUCCAGUUUCUUCACAACUACCAAAGUCUCAGUGCUGUUAUUCUUUAUAUCAGCACUCAUGGGACGACACUUGUCCAAUCAGAUUACUUGGUAAUAACUAACUGUUGUAUAAUAAUAGAGCUCAUGUUAAAAUAAAGGUUUAUUGUAUGAAUGUUAGUAUAAAACCCAAACAUUAAUUUAAAAAAAAAAAACAAUAAAACAACAAAAUAAAAGACAUAUUGAAAUAUCUUAAAGUUUUAUUUGUAUUAAAAAGUUGGAAUGUUUGGUUAUACAUAAAAAAUCUCUGUUCAGCGGUUCAUAAAUCUCUUUCCUUGUGCCUUUCUUCCUCACACACGCGAAAUAUCGUUACAGUCUUCACAUUGCUUCACAAAACAGUCUAAAAAGUUCAAGACGCCGCGUGGAGAAUUUUCUCUUUGACGUGAUGCCAACAAAUUAGUUGCGAUGACGCCGGACGACAGAUUAAAAAUACCGAAUGCUGCUAAAAUCAACCUGUUCGAUUGUCUGGUGAGAAUCAGCCAACGUCAAAUCGGCAUUUUCUGUGUUUAAGUGAUUUAUUAACGAAUACAAAGUGUAAAAAAUGUCCCCAGACUGACGUCUGUCAAAUCCUAUUGAUGCUACACUGACCUGUCAUCAGGUGAAUGGUGUCUUUGUCAUUCCUACGUCUGUUCUCACACUAUGUAUCCGGACUCAGCGGCCUCUAUGGACAUCAUGGCAGAGGAGGAGAGUGAAGAGGACGCUGACGGAGGAAGCUAAGAAGAGAAAAGGAGUGUGACGGAGCAAGAAGCCUCAAGUAGUGAGAAAAACAAAAACAUGACGAUGAUUCGUUGGCAGCGCAUUUGGAGAAAAUCCUCCACGUUUCGUCUUCAACACAAAACAAAAACUUGACUUUCAAUGUUAAGUCCAGAGACGUUUUUUUGAAAUGUAGUGGAAACGUUGAGAGAACACUUGAGAAAAGUUGGAAGUACAGCGUGAUGAGAAAGUACCAUAGUGUUGUAACAAACAAACCUCCUAUUGUUGGUGCAGAACCGCCUCACCGUGCUGUUGAAACUGCAGGAAAUCAAACCUGUGAACCAACGUGGGCCUAAAAACCACCUCCACCAACAAACCGUCAUCACUCUGCAUGUUUAUGUCCUAAAUAAACUUUGUAUGAUGAUAUGCUGAAGUACCAAACGUGAUUUUUGAUAUAAAAACAUCUUUCAGUUUUAAAAUGUUCAAGUUUGUAGUGUUCGACUGACGUCCGUGAUAGGUUAGUGUUUGUGUUAAGUUUAAAUCUGUUAGAAGAGACCACUGUGUUUUAUACCUCCAAAGCUUUCAGGCUUUUUCAGCUGGUUAGGAAAAUGUUCAGCAGUGAUCUGUCCUUGAUCUGUUCUUUUUAAUCGGUGCGCAACAAAAGAAAUAAAUAGCUACAGGUACCGACAGUGUCAUAAAACAACACAUCCUGACAGUCUUUGGCCCUCUGAUCUGAUCUGAGCGCUGCAAGUUAAAAACAUUUAGUAUUUAGGACGACGGCGACACAGAGCACAGCUGGUGUUUCCUGUCGGGAGCCAACAUCCUCCCUCCCUCCCUCCCUCCCGGCCCUGCAGUCGAUCAGCUUAAAGCUCCACAUUAUUCAGAUUUUAUUCAGCUUUAUAAACCUCCUCGGGCUCGGGAUGAGAAUAACGUUUGUUGUGGUGUUAAAGAGAAAUGUAAGUUUUAAAGUGAAUCAGUCAUCGCCUCCAAAACUUGCUGAGUCGAAGCUUUCCAGUUCAAAUACUGCAGGGAUGGCCUCGUUUU